AGGAGCAAUCAUGGCGUCCAGCAUGCGUCGCGCUGUGCACUCGCAGGCGUUCAAGAGCCUCACGCGUCGCGCGCAGCAAGCGUCAGUGCCUCCUACUGCUUCACACUCUCAGAUCCAGUCGCGCGUGCUGUUCCAGUCGUCUCAGACGCUGCGAACGUUUUCCACUGCCGCUCCUCAGGCCUCGGAGGAAGACGCCGCUGUCCCCGUGCAGGUUGUAGAAGAGGUUGUAGCCGAAGAGGAAGACGAGGAUGACAUUGGGCGCAAAUUGAAGCCGCGUGAGGUCGUGGAGCAGCUCAACAAGUACAUUGUGGGCCAGGCCGACGCCAAACGCGCAGUAGCCAUCGCGUUACGCAAUCGUUGGCGUCGUCAGAAGAUCUCGGACGAGCUGCGUCAGGAAGUAAGCCCUAAAAACAUCCUAAUGAUCGGUCCUACGGGCUGUGGUAAGACAGAGAUCGCCCGUCGCCUAGCCAAGCUGUCUGAGGCUCCGUUUGUCAAGGUGGAAGCCACCAAGUUCACUGAGGUGGGCUUCCACGGUCGCGACGUGGACCAGAUCAUCCGUGAUCUUGUGGAAAACGCCAUCAACAUGGUCAAGAAACACCGCAAGGAGCGCCUGCGCAAACAGGUGCAGCACCUCGUGGAGAGCCGCAUCUUGGACGUGCUUACUGGCGCCAACGUAGCGGAGCGCUCUCGUGCCACCUUCGAGCGUCUGUUACGUACUGGAGAGUUGGAAGACCGUAUUAUCGAGUUCGAUGUGCCUGUGUCCACGAACCCUGGCAACCAGCCCAUCUCAUUCGUCGGAGGUGAAGGUAAGGGCAUCUCCAUGGAAGUAUUUGGCCGAGCGUUCGGAGAGAAGAAGACGGAGCGUAAACGCAUGACAAUUGCCGAGUCCCGUGAAGUGUUUGAAGAGAUGGAAAUGGAGAACGCUAUCGACAUGACCGACGUCGUGCGUGAAGCUAUCCAGGAGACUGAGGAGAACGGCAUCGUGUUCAUUGAUGAGAUCGACAAGAUCUGCUCUAGUGGAGACUUCCGUCGCUCUUCCGACCCAAGCAGUGAAGGUGUACAGCGUGACUUGUUGCCUCUGAUUGAAGGCAGUGUAAUCUCGACAAAGCAUGGCAACGUUAAUACGGACCACAUUUUGUUCGUGGGCUCUGGAGCUUUCCACUCGUCAAAGCCAUCGGAUCUUCUGGCCGAGCUGCAAGGUCGUCUGCCUAUUCGUGUGGAGCUCAAGGGAUUGACUGAGGAAGAUCUGCAUCGGAUCCUGACGGAGCCUGUGACGAACCUCAUCAAGCAGCAGACUGAGCUUAUCAAGACUGAAGGUGUGACCUUGAACUUCACGGACGAUGCAGUCCGUGAGAUCGCUCGUGUUGCUGCGGAGAUCAACCAGACGAUUGAGAACAUUGGGGCUCGACGUCUGCACACGGUGGUGGAGAAGGUAGUGGAGGACAUUAGCUUCGACAGUUCCGAGAUGGAGGCAGGCUCCACUGUCACGAUCACGGCGGAGUUCGUGCUUGAACGUGUUGGCAAACUCAUGAAGAAGACGGACCUCUCCAAGUUUAUUCUGUAG